AUGGUGAAACUCAUCCUGGUUGAGGGGAAUAAUCCUCCAGAGUGUAGCUUUAAACAAAAGAAAUGCAAUGGAGAGAAGCCAUCAGGGUUGGGUCAUAUGGUUCUUGUUCAUGGUGCAGGUCAUGGAGAAUGGUAUUGGUUCAAGGUUAAGCCCUUACUUGAGGCUGCUGGCUAUAACGUGACCACCGUUCAGCUUGGAUCUGCACUCACCACCUCCCUUGAUUCAAUACAAAAUAUUACAUUUUUGAAUUACUCAAAACCAUUAUUUGAUCUGAUGAAAUACAUAGACCACCACAAGGUUAUGCUUGUUGGUCAUAGUUUUGGAGGGUUGAGCAUAUCAGUUGCAAUGGAGAAGUUCCCUACGAAGAUAUCUGUAGCUGUCUUUGUUACUGCGUUCAUGCCAGAUACAGCACACAAGCUCUCUUAUGUCGUCCGUGAGGAUUUUGUGCUGAUCUCUACACUUAAAAGGCCGGGAUCAUUCUUCCCUAAAGAUUUGGAUAAAAUACAGCUUUCUGAAAAGAAAAAUGGAAGUGUGAAUCGGGUUUAUAUUAUAGCUAAAGAUGAUUUAGCAAUAACAGAGGAUUUCCAACGUGAGAUGAUUGCUAAUUAUACAGUUAAGAAAUAA